AUGAAGAGUCUCCUUCUCCUGGUGCUGUUUUCAGUCUGUUGGGCUGAUCACCUUUCAGACAGCUACACUCCGGAUCAAGACAGAGUUAUUCACAUCCAAGCGGAAAAUGGCCCCCGUCUCCUCGUGGAAGCAGAGCAAGCCAAAGUCUUCUCACACAGAGGUGGCAAUGUGACACUGCCAUGCAAAUUUUAUCGAGACCCUACAGCAUUUGGCUCAGGAAUCCACAAAAUCCGCAUUAAGUGGACCAAGCUAACUUCAGAUUAUCUCAGGGAGGUGGAUGUCUUCGUCUCCAUGGGAUACCACAAGAAGACCUAUGGCGGAUAUCAGGGUCGAGUGUUUCUGAAGGGAGGCAGUGACAAUGAUGCCUCCCUGGUAAUCACAGAUCUCACUCUGGAGGAUUAUGGAAGAUACAAGUGUGAAGUGAUUGAAGGACUAGAAGAUGAUACUGCUGUGGUAGCAUUAGAGUUGCAAGGUGUAGUGUUCCCUUACUUUCCAAGGCUGGGACGCUACAAUCUUAACUUUCAUGAGGCACGGCAGGCUUGUCUGGAUCAGGAUGCUGUGAUUGCUUCCUUCGACCAGCUGUAUGAUGCCUGGCGAGGUGGGCUGGACUGGUGCAAUGCUGGCUGGCUCAGUGACGGAUCUGUGCAGUACCCUAUCACCAAACCACGCGAGCCCUGUGGGGGCCAAAACACAGUGCCUGGUGUCAGGAACUAUGGGUUUUGGGACAAAGAUAAAAGCAGAUAUGAUGUUUUCUGUUUUACAUCCAACUUCUAUGGCCGGUUUUACUACCUGAUCCACCCCACCAAGCUCACCUACGACGAGGCAGUGCAAGCUUGUCUCAAUGACGGUGCUCAGAUUGCUAAAGUGGGCCAGAUAUUUGCUGCCUGGAAGCUUCUGGGCUAUGACCGCUGUGAUGCUGGCUGGCUAGCGGAUGGCAGUGUCCGCUACCCUAUUUCUCGGCCAAGAAGGCGCUGCAGCCCUACUGAGGCUGCCGUGCGCUUUGUGGGCUUCCCGGAUAAAAAGCAUAAGCUGUACGGGGUGUAUUGCUUCAGAGCAUACAACUGA